UAUUCGACUGCAGAAGGCAGUCGGAAGGAAAUCAGGGACGGGGGGGAGGGCUUUCAUGGUGGUCGAACACAUAGAGAGUAAACCUGGAGUGAAGUGAGGCUAAGCUAAGCUGGUGUUAUCAUAUUGAGAGUAACGACGAGGGUACUCGAUAUAGAAUCGGAGACUUUUAGGGGCUUUAAGAAGUUGGAACACAAUGCUUCUCCAAACGUCCCCGCUUCUUCAACCUUCUCUUCCUCUUCCUCCUUUCUAUGGGAACGGUCGAGCUAGGGAGAUGCCAGGAAAGAAAAUGGUAAAAUGUUCUUUAGAACAUCCUACAUUAAGCAGCAAAUAUGUUGUCAGACAUAUUUUACCUGGUGUUGCUGCUGCAUUCAUACUUCUCUCUCGAGCAGACCAGGUUGUUGCAGCAAAUCCGUCUCAUUACUCUAACCUGUGCCAACUGGCAUCUACAGCUGAUAAUGUUCCAACUCUGCAACUUGAUGAAGGGUCUGAUGAAAGAAGUGAGAAACUAAUGGUUAUGAGGGGAAUGACAGCUAAGAAUUUUGACCCAGUCAGAUAUUCUGGAAGAUGGUUUGAAGUAGCAUCACUUAAACGUGGAUUUGCUGGACAAGGACAGGAAGACUGUCACUGUACACAGGGAAUAUAUACAUUUGAUCCUCAGGCCCCCUCUAUCCAGGUUGACACCUUCUGUGUUCACGGUGGCCCUGAUGGUUAUAUUACUGGUAUACGAGGAAAGGUUCAAUGCCUUUCCGAGGAAGACAUGGAGAAAGCUGAAACUGAUCUAGAAAGGCAGGAGAUGAUUAGAGAGAAGUGUUACCUCCGCUUUCCUACACUGCCAUUUAUUCCAAAGGAGCCCUAUGAUGUGAUUGCAACUGAUUAUGUUAACUUUUCUCUAGUCUCUGGUGCAAAAGACAGAAGCUUCAUUCAGAUUUACUCAAGGACCCCUGACCCUGGACCUGAAUUUAUAGAGAAAUACAAAGAUUACUUGGCCAACUAUGGAUAUGAUGCAAACAAGAUCAAGGACACACCACAGGACUGCCAAGUGAUGUCUAACAGCCAGUUAGCUGCAAUGAUGUCUAUGUCUGGAAUGCAGCAGGCCCUAACAAACCAGUUUCCUGAUCUAGGGUUAAAGGCCCCCAUUGAACUAAACCCCUUUACAAGCAUAUUUGACACUAUUAAAAAGCUUCUUGAGCUCUAUUUCAAGUAGUUAUUGUACUAUAUUGAUUUGCUUUGAUAUUCGCAUUACAUUUUCAAGUUGUGUGUCAAGCAAUAAAAGCUAUAUAGUUUUUUAUUAGAAUUUGAAAAUUGGUUGUAUAGGACAGGAUUUGAAGAAUGGAAAUGAGCACUUGGAAUAAAUGAGAGAUCAUUGCCUAAGCUGACUCCAAGUCGAAAAAAUCAACCUGUGAUGAUCUUGAGCUUGCAAUUUAUAUGCUCUUUGAGACAGAACAUGAUUACAGGUGUGCUAAAGGUGUUGUUUGCCCAUCUAACAAACCUCCAGAUAUGCAGUUGAAAACAUUUCAUGGCUCAGGUGAGUUCAAUGACUUGGAUAAUUUAAAGUAUGAAAUUAGAGAUGAGGAUCUUGAAGAUGAAGAUAUGGAGCCUGCUAGUCCAUGAGUGACAAGGAAGACAAUGAUCCGGAGAAAUGUGGGGCACAUAUCAAAUAGGUUGGGUGGGUGGUAAUGAAGAGUUAUCACGGUUUGCUUGUAAAUUGUAAGAUGAAGAGGUUGUUAUCACAUUUUGCUGCAAAUUGUACAAUGGAUUAUUCCGAGAAUGGUCAAUGACUAGAUGUUUGCCUUGCAACAGGCUCUUAGCUCA